AUGGAGUCUUACUUAAACGCUCCUCAAGGCUUCUUGCUCUGUUGCCAUGGAAGCACAAUUGGUGCCGGUCCUACUCUUUCUUCAACCAUACAUUCUUCUGUCAAGCAAAUCGUCGAUUCCAGCUUCAGAUUGUUGCGCGGCUCCGUCUCCUUAUACAAGGAUCAUAUGAGAAGGGGAAGAAGCCGUCAAUUCCGAAGAUUUCAGGAGCAGUUUGGGAAGCAUGUUCCAGUUUCAAGAAAGUCCCUGGAACAAACAGAGAUUGGUAGAGGGAUCACGCAGAGCUCAUCCGAGUUAUCACCGCCUGGGAUGAUGAAGAUGGAGAAUGCAAAGGACGAGAGCGGGUUUGUGGACUCGCUUGAGAAGCUUUUGAAGCAGUGUCAAGGAACAGGAGCGCAUAUCGACGAGCUUGGAGCUUGCGUUUAUCCGCCGCAGGAGAUUAGUAAGAUGAAGCAAGCGGUGGAGGUAAUAGAGGGGAAUGUUGAUGAGUUCGAGGCUGAAGUUGAGCGUUUGCAGAGUUCUUCAGACGCGUUUUCGGGAGCUUGUGGGAAGCUGCGAAGGUCGAUCAAACACAUGGAGACUGAGUUGGAUAAAAGAUGUGAAGAUGAAGUCGUUGUUGAAAUGCAGAAUGUUACUCUUGGAAGUUAUAAAAGUUUGGAUUUUUUUGCAAUAUUUCUUUGA